ACAAUCAAAUAAUAUAAACAUGUAAAUAAAUAUAUCAUAAACUUUGUAAACAUGACGUUCGAAAAUGUGCAUUAAAAUCGUGGAAAAAGUACCUUAAAAGACUUGUUGAAAUGUCUGAGCCAAGCAAAUGCAAAUGAAGAAUGAAAAAAUUCUUUUCUAGCCGCACCCCCAUUUUCCCUUUAUGCCUAAAACUUCGUUGUAUAGAAAAACCUGAAUAGAAAUUCAGUGUGGCAUGUAAAUUUUAAAGCUAAUUUGUGUACGUGUAUGUAUGCGUGAAAGAAUUUUACUUUUCAGCAGUGCAGUUUCGACAAGUGUGUAAAGGGCUGCGACUAAAGUAACAGGUGUUUAGUAUUGCGGAGAAAAAGGAGGCGUAGAGUGGCACGCCCACUCUAUCGGUUUCGACGGUGCAAGUUAAAACGAACAUGGAAAACGAAUCUGUUAAAUCGGAACAAAGUGGUCGUUCAAGACGUUCAAGAAGUCACAAUAAUAACGGUGGGGGCGGCGGAGGUAAUGUAAAUAACGGAUAUCAUCGCGAUAGAACCCGGCAUUCACAUCGCAGUACCAAUAUACACUCGAAAUCUGGUAAAAAUAGUCGCAAUAGUAGUGAAUUAAAUCCCUAUCAGACGACAGUUCAAAUGACGGGAGAGGACAAUCGUGAGGGACAGGAAAUAAUAGAAGUUCAAAUUCUUCCGCAAGACGAAAACUGGGGUGAAAAUACUACAGCCAUUACGGGCAACACAUCGGAACAAAGUGUAUCUAUGGAAGAUAUAAAUAGUGCUUGGCAUCGGGAGAGUGGAGAGGCAACGUUUGGUUUCAAGUGUCGCCGUUAUGUGGAAACUGUGUUUUCUUUUGUAUUGGGGUUUGGUUCAUUCUUCUCACCGAUAGCUAUGGUGGUUAUGCCACGAAUAGGCCUUUUCCCUUCGGCUUUUGAUCAUCCAGAAUUAACGCAAACUGUGCGCACUCAACUCUUAGCUUGUGGUAGCGAAUGUAAAGGCCUCUUGGUAUCACUGGCUAUACGGUUAUUAUUAUUGGCCAUUGGAUUAUGGGCUUUAUUUAUGCGCCGUUCUUCCGCUACCAUGCCUCGCAUAUUUCUGUACCGAGCUAUUGUUCUGCUCUUGGUGACGUUGUGCACUUUUGCGUAUUGGUUGUUCUAUUUAGUACAGGUUACCAACGGGGCAAAGAUAGUCGUCGAAACCGGUGGAGAUGCCGUUGAUUAUAAAUCGUUAGUAGCCUACGCUACUAAUUUAGUGGAUACCUUGUUAUUUAUACAUUACAUAGCGGUUGUGCUGUUAGAAUUGCGUCACAACCAGCCCAUGUAUUAUGUGAAAGUAAUACGUUCCCCGGACGGAGUUUCUCGCUCGUAUAGUUUGGGCCAGUUGAGUAUACAACGUGCUGCUGUUUGGAUUCUACAGCGAUAUUACGUGGAUUUCCCAAUUUUUAACCCGUAUCUUGAACGUAUACCUAUAUCGAAAUCCCAACGCAAUAAAAUUACUACUAGUUUUAAAUAUUACGAAGUGGACGGCGUUAAUAAUGCACAACAACAAAGUCAGAGCCGAGCAGUCUUGGCGGCGAAUGCGCGACGCCGCGACUCAUCGCACAACGAGCGUUUUUAUGAAGAACAUGAAUACGAAAGAAGGGUUAAAAAGCGUCGAGCACGUCUUAUAACUGCGGCUGAGGAGGCGUUUACUCAUAUAAAGCGUGUACACAAUGAACCAGCACCAGCAGUGCCUUUGGACUCUCAAGAAGCAGCACAAGCAGUAUUCCCCUCUAUGGCCAGAGCAUUGCAGAAAUAUUUGCGUGUGACUCGGCAACAACCACGUCAUACAUUCGAAAGCAUAUUAAAACAUUUGGCCCAUUGCUUAAAACAUGAUUUAUCGCCGCGAGCUUUUCUUGAGCCUUAUCUUACGGAAGAACCGGUUUUGCAAAGUGAAAAAGAACGGCGUUGGGUUCAAUCGUGGUCACUUAUAUGCGAUGAACUUGUAUCCCGUCCCAUAUCGGGAAAUGUUACAUUUCAGUUGAUACAAAAUGACGUUUCGCUUAUGGUAUCUAUUUACAAAUUACCGCACUUUAAUAUUGCUGAGGAGGUCGUAGAUCCGAAGAGUAAUAAAUUUGUACUGAAAUUAAAUUCAGAAACUUCGGUAUGACAACAGCAACAAUGCUGCACACAAUCUAAUACACCCACCACAACGCACAGUAAUGUUACGCAGACUUCUUAUCUACAUGUGUUCGUAUAGAAGUCAAAUGCUUACGUGUACUGCCAGGUAUUCCAAUUUUAUUUUAGAAAUAUUUUUUAAACUCCUUAAAAAUUAAACUCAAACAAUGCAACCUAAACCAAACCCAGUGUAUUUAAAAAAGUAUAAACGAAAAAAUUUUUAAUGUUUAUUUCAUUUGACGUAAUCAUCAUUAUCACGAAUACAUCAUAAUCAUUAACUUCUACCAAAAUUAGCGCUAAUUGAUCACUAAGGCAUCGAUUAUAAAUUUAUUUUAUUCCUCUUAAAACACAUAUCAAAAAGAGAAAAAUGAAAAUACUUUAUCGCUCCUUAAAUAGUAUUUAAACUGAUUUUAACUAACUUGACUUCACUGAGAUUUUCUUCAAGAAUUUAUAUAAUCUAGUAUUAAGGUGUUUUAUAGAAUAUAUAGAUAAUCGCGAUUUUUUACUUUCAGUUUUAGUACAAUAACAUUUUCAAGCCUUUUUCUUUUACUUUAUUUUGUUCAUAAUGGAAUCCCUUAUAGUAUAAAUAAUGUAAUACUCUUUAUAGUAGUAUAUUCCUGCUAAAGAUUUUACAAACAUUUCCAUUUACUUCUAAUUUCAAUCGUAGCUUAAAUCCAGAAAUCUAUAAAUUUCGCCUUCUGCAUGAAUUCAGUUCAUUCAGUCCAUUUUAGGCUCAUUUACGCAUUUAAUGGUAAUUACCUUUACACUUGACGAAAAAAAAAUCAAUUUAAAAAUUUUAAAAACAUAUCAGAUAAUAUCUUUAGGAUCAUUUCCUUUGAAGCCAACUCUGUAAAAUUUGACAAAAUUUUUUUGAAAAAAAUGCUAACAAUAUUUCUUCUGUUGAUAGCGUAAAAGCAUACAUUGUAAUCUUAAGUGUGCAAUAAGAAGAUAUAAAAUUCAAAUGAACACGUUCUUGUCGCGAAUAUAAAGGUAAAAGCGUAUAAGCUUCGAACGUAUUUCUUUCGAUCACAGACUAUUAUAAUCAAUAAAAAGAAGAUAUAACCUGAAGAAGAACUGAUCGCUCGCACAUUAGUAACUGGAAAGGCAAAUGUUACGUCUCAACAAAAAGAAAGCUUGUGUUAGGUGCUGGACACCAAAACUUGGUUUUUUUUUUUUAUUUCAUUUUAACUUUUUUGUCAUCAUUUUUUGUGUAAUAAGCAAUAAUGUUUUAAAUGCCAGUCAUACUACUUAAAUCAUUCGUCGUUGUUUUUUUUUUAUAGUCACGCUUUUUCAACUUGUGUUUAAAUUAGGAAAAAAAACUUUAAAAAUAAACUUUUAUUGAAAACAAUUGAAAACAAAUGGGAAAAAGAAUGAUCUAUUUAUUACAUUUUAAGUAGGGGGAAAAAACUAACUCACUAAUCUUAUAACUCAUUUUAAAUACAACUUAUGUUUCCUCAAAACAAAACAAUAACAGACACUUAAGAACAAUAUUAGUUAACAAUAAUUAGAUAUCAUUCUAAGAAAAUCAAAAUACAAUUGAAUAAACAUGUAAAAUAGAUAAGCCCCGUAUAACAUGAUAGUUGAAAAUACCGUCAAAUUUGGAAAGAUUUACUCCACGAAACAAGAAAACUGAUGCGAGAAAUGCUUCCUCUUAACGUUUAAAAAUAAACCUUUUCGUAAAUUCAUUUUCAUUUCCUUUCCAAUUUACCUGGCAAGUACUUCCACUGGAAUUUUCUUUUGCGCGUCAAUUGGGAGAUUCAAAACGGAAAAGUUUGUAGAGAUGUAUCUAAUCUUUCUGCUACUACGGCGCAAACCUACAUCUAAUUGUCUUUUUGCAUGAUAUAUACGUUCCAAAAAAAUUCGUCUAAAAAAAGACGUAAAAAAAAAGAUAUUGGCUAAAUGAAAAAAAUAGUAAACUUGUUUCGGGCCCAAAAAAGGAACUGAAAAGUACAAUAAACAAUUUAAAAAAAUUAUUGUUAAAAUUCACUUAAGAAUUUAUUUCCUUCUUACACAUUUUUAUUUAUUAAAUGUGCUAUAAAAAAUACACGAUACUUCGAAAAGCCAUACUAAAUUGCGUAGGUAAUGCGUUAUGUCUUUACUAUAUACAUAAUUAGGAUAAUUAGGGGAAGCUUAUAUAUAUAACGCGAAGUUUUGUGGAAAAAAAAUUCUUAAAAAAAUUCAUUGAAUAUUGAAAAUUGUGUCAAACCAAAUGGCUUUGAUCAUCUGUUUGCAGUACGUACAAGUGUCAACUCGGCGGCUUCAAAAAUUUUAUGCAUAGUUCUGAGUCAACUUAGCCGUCCUUCCGCUUUUACCAACGAACUGUUCCACAUUAAAAAAUUGAUAAGGUGUCGACAAAGCCUACAUCGGUUGUUGAGCUUUGCUAUUCGUUCGCUUAUAUUUUUUAAAGAACAAUAUUUAUAAGAAACUAAGCCAAUUUAAAACUUUAACCGCAUAUCGCUUUCUUUUUUCGUAAUCCACAAGCUUUUCAAAGGAAUUCGGGCUACAGACAUCUCAUGUUAUAGAGGAUUAUCUAGGUAGAGGGUGUUCCAAAAUUAUAUAUCCAUUUGGUUUUGCUAAUAUUCUUAUUGUUUGCUUAAUUAAAAAGUUAUUGACAAGGAGGUUAUAUGUGAUACAGAAAUAAAAGCACCUUCGCCGUUCCCCCAAAUUGCAAAAUUUUGGAAUCCCCUCUUUGUAGAUAAUAAUGUAUGUGUGCUUAUAACUAUAAACACUUUAAAGUUUUUAAUAAAAAAAAGAUGUAUUAGAGAAAUACUCAAAGAAAUACAAAACUCAUUUAUCAUCAUUAUAACUCAAUUACAAAUAUGAGAUAAAUAACAAAAAUAUUGGAGACUGUAUAAAUAUUUAUUUUACUUAUAGCUAUUAAAAUACUUAAAGGGAAUAUAUAAAAGUUUUUCAUAUAUAAAAAAGUAAGUCGAUGAUCAUAUGUAUAUACGCAUAAGCACUUUUAAUUCAAUACCUUUUCAUUUUUUUUAUAUAUAUAUAGUAAGUAAUUUCAAUAUAAAAUCUCCGACAUUAUUGCAGAAUAUUUAUAUAAUAUAUGCAUGUAGGAGAGUCAACAUUUAUGCGUUGCUUCAUUUUCUUUUUGGUUACUCAUUUUACUAUUAAAUUCU